AUGCGUCUCUUAGUGGUGCUGCUUCUUCUGCCACUCGCCGGCGCCGAGAUUGCGUCGUGGGAGGAGUUCAAGACCGCCUUCAAUCGCACAUAUCGACGCUCCUUUCGCGAGCGGCGCUCGCGAGACGCCUUUCUAGCCAACGCGGCGCUCGUGGCGGAGCAUAACGGGGCCUUCGAGCACAACAGGACCUCAUUCCGCCUCGCGCUCAACGCCCUGGCGGAUCUCAAUCGUCAGGAGUACCUCGUGAGGUUCGUGCACUUGCAGGCCGACAAGGCUGAGAGCACGGACGAUGGAGACGCCAUCGUGGCGGCUUUCGGAGCCGCCGAGGCACCGCAGUCAGUGGAUUGGCGCGAGUUGGGCUUUCGGCCGCCGGCGGACAAUCAGAAGUCCUGCGGCGCAUGCUAUGCCUUCAGCAUCGUGCACAGCAUCGAGGGGCAGAUCUUCAAGAGGACAUCCAAGAUGAUAGCUCUGAGUGAACAGCAGAUUGUGGACUGCAGCUUUGACAUGGGCAAUCAAGGGUGCGCGGGAGGAUCGCUGAAGAACACGCUACGCUAUCUGGUGGCCUGCGGCGGGCUCAUGAGGCAGCAGGACUAUCCGUACACUGCCAAAGAGGGCCGCUGUCGCUUCCUAGAGCCACUCGCCGUGCUGAACGUGAGCCGCUGGGCCGUUCUGCCGAAGAGCGAAGCCGCCCUAGCGCUCGCCGUGGCCACUGUAGGUCCUGUCGCUGUGUCCAUCAAUGCUGCGCCGCGCUCCUUCCAGCUCUACGGCGACGGCGUGUACGACGACGCCAAGUGCAGCUCCUCCACGGUCAACCACGCCAUGCUGCUGGUCGGCUACACGCCCGCGUACUGGAUCCUGCGGAACUGGUGGGGCGAACGCUGGGGAGAGGGUGGCUACAUGCGCCUAAAGCGGCACCAGAACCUAUGCGGUGUCGCGAAUUACGCCGCUUACGCAUUGGUCUAGCCUCCGCCAUCUUUA